AUGGAAAAUUCCCAAAGCAGCAGUAACCAGAAUCAAGACAAGUUCAUAAUAAAGUCACGACAAGGACGUAGAAAUGACAAGCAAUCUUUGUUUUUAAUUGACUAUAUGGUGCAACAUCCACAUGUAGCUAGUGGCAAAUUUAAUUGCAUAAAUGGUAAAGAUAAAUUAAAUGGUUCAUGGGAAGAGUUAGUGAAACAACUAAAUAAUUUCAGAAACCCGGGCAUUAAAGAAAAGGAUGUAAAAUCGUGGAAAGAGUCAUGGAGAGACCUAAAAACAAAAGUCUCCAAACAAGCAUCAGCCCUGCGGAAUGCUAGAAGGCAGACAGGAAAUAAAAAAAUUAAUAUCCAAGAGUUGACUGACUCAGAUAAAAAAGUUUUAAGUGUUAUGGGCUAUGACUAUGUAGAAGGGACAUUAUGUCCAGAUUCUUGGCCUGAAGAACAAUCUGAAGAUGUAGAACUGAUGGCUGUAGGAGAUAUUACCAUUUUAGAUGCAGUACCUAUUAGGUUAACCAUGAGACCGGAUAUUGAUCACGACAGUCAUGAUGAUAACUUCUUGCUUAGUGAGGAAAACCUAAUCAAUGUUGAGCAGGAAUGCAUUGAUUUUGAUGAAAAUAUUAAUGUCGAAGAAACACCAUUCAUUGCACCUAUAAGUAGUACACUUCUGACUCCUAACUUCAGUAUACCUUCCUCAUCUAAUUUAAAAAGAAAAUUAUCGCCAGUAUUCAAAACACCCAAAAGAAAAUUGUCUCAAAAUGAAAAUAACAUGGGUAGUAUUCGCAAAAAUUUGAGAACACAAUUAAGUGAUGCAAGAGAUACGUUUACAAAGUUGGCUGAAACCAAUGCACAAAAUACAGAAGUAUAUAAUAAAUAA